AUGUCGCGCGUUUUCUUUUCCGAGUUCAUGAGCGGUCUCUGCCUCCUCUCGCUCUCUAGCCUCACGCCCAGCACGAGGGCGAGGCCCGCCGUGGCCUCCGCGACGUCCUCCGCGCCUCCUCUCCUCAUCGUCGGUGCCGGCGUGCUCGGCAAGCUCAUCGCCGAGGAGUGGCGCGGGCUGCACGGGCCAGACGUGGCCAUCCGCGGUGUCGUCCGGCGGGCUGACGCAGACCGCGACGCCGCGCUGAGGGCGAGCGGCAUCACUCCCUGCCUUCGCUCCGACCUCUUUCGUGCCGACGCCGGCCUCGGUGAGGGCAGCUUCGGCCAUGUCGUCUUUUGCGCCGCGCCAGGCGGGAACGACGACUACUCCGCCGAGGUCGCGGCGGCGCUGCGCAUGUGGGGCGGCGGCGGGGAGGGCGGCGGGGAGGGCGGCAGGGAGGGCGGCGGAGGCCGCUUCAUCUUCACCUCGUCUGCGGGUGUCUUUGCGGAGCAGGACGGCGGGGUGGUGACUGAGGGUUCGGCGGUGAGCGAUACGCCGCGCGCGGCCCGUCUUUUGGCUUGCGAGGCGGCGGUAACGGCGGCGGGCGGCGCGGUGGUGCGGCUGGCGGGCCUGUACCUGCUCGAGCGCGGCGCUCACAACGCGUACCUCGGCAUGGAGACGGUCAAGGGGCGGGCGGACGGGCUCAUCAACCAGGUCCACUAUGCAGACGCGGCCUCGGCGGUCGUGGCGGCGCUGCAGCGAGCGCAGGCGGGCGACACAUUGGUGGCUGCGGACGACGCCCCGCUCACCCGCGAGCAGAUCUGCACGGUGGCGCGCCUCGUGUCUCCCUUCGACGCGCGGCCGAUGCCGGCCUUCGAAGGCGGCGAGGCGGCGCGGGGCGGCGCGGGGACCGGGAAGGUGAUCGACUGCAGCUACACGCGCGAGGCGGUCGGCUGGGCGCCGCGCUACCGCACCUUCGCCGACUUCAUCGAGCGCCUCGCGCCGUGA